AAGUUUGAAAUACAAAGUGCUACAAUAAUGACACGGAAUGGUAUAGUAAACAAAUUGAAUGGAUGUGAAUGAGAGGUGAUCAGAAUUAUACCUAUCGGAGCAUCUUCGAAGUGAAUGAGAAAGAAGAGCAACGGAAAGAUGCAGAGAGGUGAUCAGAGUUAUGUUGCAUUGUUCGAGACGGAUAGACCCAAAGGAAAGCUCUUCAUCUACAGACUCUUCACCGUAUCGUUGUUCGCCGGAAUAUUCUCCAUCUGGGUUUACAGAUGCUCUCACUUGUUCAUCAAACAAGAACAUGACGGCGACAACGUUUCUUCUGGGCUCGUCUGGCUUACUCUGUUUGCUGCUGAAGUAUGGUUCGGCUUCUACUGGCUUCUCACUCAAGCCCUCCGAUGGAACCUUCUCUUCCGGCAUCCCUACAACCACCGUCUCUCUGUCAGAUACGGGCAUAGCUUGCCAAGAGUGGACGUGUUUGUGUGCACGGCAGACCCAGAGAUAGAGCCACCAUUGAUGGUGAUAAACACAGUGUUAUCAGUAAUGGCUUACGACUAUCCCACCGAGAAGCUCAGUGUGUAUCUCUCCGACGAUGCUGCCUCAGAGAUCACUUUCUAUGCUUUACUAGAAGCUUCCUCUUUUGCUAAGCACUGGCUUCCCUUCUGCAAGAGAUUCAACGUCGAACCCAGAUCUCCUUCUGCUUAUUUUCACAGUUUGUCCAAUCCCACUUAUUCUUCAGAUGACGACUCUGUUUGGUCCAAAGAAUUCGCAGCCAUUAAGAAACUAUACAAAGAUAUGGAAAGACGAAUCGAAGAUGCUACCAAGUUGGGAGAAGCACCGAGAGAUGUACGUUCAAAGCACAAGGGAUUUACUCAGUGGGAUUCGUAUUCCUCUCAGCGUGACCACGAUACAAUUCUUCACAUAUUACUUCACAGGAAAGAUGCACAGAAUUCGAAAGAUGUAGAAGGGUCUGUUAUGCCAACUCUAGUGUACUUGGCUCGUGAGAAGAGACCCCAAUGUCCCCAUCAUUUUAAAGCCGGAGCCAUGAAUUCUUUGAUAAGGGUGUCUUCAAAGAUUAGCAACGGCACGAUCAUUCUGAAUGUCGACUGUGACAUGUACUCUAACAAUUCAGAAUCAGUGAGAGAUGCACUGUGCUUCUUCAUGGACGAAGAGAAGGGUCAUGACAUAGCUUAUGUGCAGUUCCCGCAGAACUUCGUGGGUGUCACCAAGAAUGACUUGUACGGGAGUGACCUACGAGUAAUUGCCGAGAUGGAAUUUCACGGUGCCGAUGGUUAUGGUGGUCCAUUGUAUAUUGGAUCAGGUUGCUUUCACAGGAGAGAUGUUCUUUGUGGGCAGAAGUUCAGCGAUCGACGCAAGGUCAAUGACUGGAAGAGCCAGGAUGACCCAUUCAUGGAAGCAAGCUUACAGAAACAAGAACAAGACUCAGAGGCUCUUGCUAGCUGUACUCAUGAACAAAACUCACUAUGGGGAACAGAGAUGGGGCUGCUAUAUGGGUGUGCAGUGGAGGAUGUGAUAACUGGAUUAUCUAUAAAGAGCAAAGGGUGGAGAUCAGUGUAUUGCAAUCCAAAAAGGAAGGCAUUCUUAGGGGUGGCUCCAAACACAUUGGGGCAAACACUAGUGCAACACAAGAGAUGGUCAGAGGGUCAACUUCAGAUUCUGGUUUCAAAGUACAGUCCUGCAUGGUAUGGUUUUGGCAAAAUCAGUUUGGGACUCCAAAUGGUGUACUGCUGCUAUAACUUAUGGUCAUCUAACUCUUUGGCCACCCUCUAUUUCUCCCUCGUACCCUCUCUUUGCCUCUUUAAGGGCAUUCCCUUGUUUCCAAAGAUGUCAAGCCGAUGGUUGAUACCUUACGCAUCUGUAAUAGUUGGAGAAACCACUUACAGCUUGUUGGAGUUUUUGAGCUGUGGGGGAACAGUCCGGGGUUGGUGGAACGAACAGAGAAUGUGGCUCUACAAGAGAACAAGCUCUUACUUCUUUGCUUUCAUGGAUACCACCUUGAAGCUUCUAGGGUUUGCUUCUGAUUCAGGAUUUAUAAUCACAGCUAAAGUUGCAGAACAAGAAGUUUCACAGCGCUACCGGGAAGAAGUUAUGGAGUUUGGAGCCUCUUCGCCGAUGUUCACUCUAUUGGCAACACUUGCCAUGCUCAAUUUGUUUUGCUUUAUCGGCGUAUCUGUGGAGGCUCUUAUGAGUGAAGGUGGCAUUAUUAGGGUCUUGGAGAAGAUGGUGUUGCAGGUUAUCUUAUGUGUGGUUCUUGUUCUCAUCAAUUUGCCAAUAUACGGAGGACUGUUCUUUAGGAAGGACAAGGGAAGAUUACCAUCCUCUGUGGCCAUUAAAUCUACAAUAUUUGCUUUAAGUGCAUGUGUUCUCAUAAAGGCCUUGCACUAAACUUAGGUUCUUACCUUUGCAUGAUGUAUGAUUAUGCAAAUUCAGAAAAUUCCGCGACACGGCGCAACUGUUCCUCAGUUCCUAAUAAUCGAGGCUCUUUUUUUGUUUCCUUUUUCUUUAUUUUUACCUUUUAUUUUAUGAACUUUUUUGUCUGUAAUUGUCUUUAUAUAUAUAUAUAUAUAACUGUUCUUCAGUUCCUCCUUA